UCUGCCAGUCUUCCACCCUAAAUCCCACCUUCCAGCUCCCUUGUCCCCUGCACCCUCCUGGAGCUCACACAAACCUUCUCACUUAAGAGAUGCUAUCACUUCUCUACCGUUCCCUCCUGCUCAUCCUUGCUCAACAGUGCUUCAGCAGGGCUCAGAACAAUGGGCAGCUGGCUCCUCGAGACGGGCGGGCUGCGGCUGAGAGGCGGCAGUUCUGCCAAUGGCCCUGCAAGUGUCGGGAAAGACCUCACUGUGCCCCGGGGGUGAGCUCUGUCCUGGACGGGUGUGGCUGCUGCAAGAGCUGUGCUAGGCAGAUCGGAGAGCUGUGCAACGAGAGGGACGUCUGCGACCCGCACAAGAGCAUGUACUGCGACUUCUCCGCUGACCGGCCAAGAUAUGAGGUCGGAGUGUGUGCAUACCUGAUGGCAGUGGGCUGUGACCUGAAUGGGGCCCACUAUGAGAACGGAGAAGCUUUCCAGCCCAGCCCCCUCUAUAAGUGCACAUGUAUUGCUGGAGCCAUCGGCUGUACCCCUGCUUUCAUCCAGAAGCCUACUGGUCUCUUAGGCCCUGCCACGCUGAUGGGCAACAUGCCAGCCGGCCUUCGCAGUGGCCAGAGCCCAAAGAAGCACCAGCAGGACACUACCUACAUGUCAGCUUACAGGGAUCCUCCUUUAGCCUGGAAGAAGAACUGUCUGAUCCAGACCACCCCUUGGAGCCCCUGCUCCAAAACCUGCGGCCUGGGCAUCUCUGUGCGUGUCAACAACGACAACAGCAAAUGUGAGAUGAGGAAGGACAGACGCCUGUGUCUACUGCGGCCGUGUGAGAAAAGCGUGAUAAACGGUGUUAAGGUGCCAAAAGGAAAGACAUGCCGUCCUAAAUUCCAAGCAAAGAAAGCGGAGAUGCUCACACUCUCGGGCUGCACCAGUACCAAGAAGUUUAAGCCCACGUACUGCGGCGUCUGUACGGACAAGCGCUGCUGUGUCCCCAACAAGUCACGCAUGAUCAAGGUCAACUUCACGUGCAAGGGAGGCUCCAUACAGUGGAAGAUGCAGUGGAUAAUGUCCUGCGUGUGCCAGAGGAAGUGCAAUGAUCCAGGUGACAUGUUUUCUGACCUGCGGUUACUCUAACGGAUCCGUCCAAGAAGUCCAGAGACAAAGACACAGGAUACGAGCCCUGCUGUGACAGACUCAGGACUGAAACAUAUGCGUACUUUGGUUUUUCUCCUCAGCAGUGGUGAUGUGCCUCAAGAAAUCUAAAAAAAAAAAAAAAGACACAAACUCAAACUGAAGCUGCAAAACCUCAUUUCAUAAGGAAGAAUGGCUGGGAUCAUUAAACAAAUGAAGCGAUAUGUUGUUAGUUAUGAUAAAAGCUUUUAUGAACCCUGUCUUCAGGACAUGCACGUGCAAUAACAAAAAGGAAUGUAGCCAGUGCAGUAGCUGUAACAGCAGAUGUCGACUCAUGAACAGUACCUCAUAAUACUAUGAUCAGGGAGCCUAGAAAUGGCAAAUCAGGUCAUACUACAGAUUUAGUUGAACUCUUCCAUUCUUUUUACAUGUUGUUCCUGCUUAUUUUUUCAGACAGGGAAAAAUUUAACCAGGUCAUAAAUGAGACAAUAUUGAUAUAUAACUUAUAAAGGUAUAUACAAAAGA